GAGUUGCAGUAGGUUCCCCGGAGCCUGCAGGGGGCGACCGAGGCUCAGGAAGCAAGCCUGAUGGUGCCGUUCUAUCCCCAGGAAGCCUCUGGCUUGUCUGCUCCACAUGUGCUGGGAGUUCUUUAGCCAACCGAUUCUUUGGCUUUUCCUGGCAACUCCCUCCCCCCAAGAGGCUGUACCUUCUCCCCACUUUUCUUUUUGGAGGGUUUGGUUGGGAUAUCCCGCCUUCUAUUCAUCCCUAGUGGGGGUUCCCCUUCCUUCCCACCUCCAACAAUCUAGGGGUCUUCCUAUCCCCCUUUUGGUGGGGUUUCUUCCCUCAUUCUUUUCACUUGUAACUUUUUGGUUUCUUUUUUUUUUUACCCAAGUAUAUCCCCUCCCUCUUUGCGCAAUGGCAACUGAAGCGCUGGAGAAGAUACUUUCAGACUUACUGCAGCCUGACAAUGCUGUCAUCCAACAGGCUACCGCCCAGCUGAAGGAGACCUUAAAGGAGCCUUCGGCGCUGUCUCAACUCUGUUGUGUGAUGUCAGGCUCUCAGAAUCCCCAGAUCCGACAGUUUGCUGCGGUGUUAGUGAGAAGGCGCCUGACCAAACACUGGAGGAAGAUCAGUGCACCCGACCAGGACAUGCUCAAGAGGCUAGUGCUCACCACCCUGCAGCAGGAAACAGACCACAAAGUCUCGUUAGGCCUGGCCCAACUGGCAGCUGUCAUUCUGAAGAACGAGAAGCUAGAGAGGUGGCCGCAGAUGCUUAAGCUCAUCCAACAAGGGGCACGUUCCCAGGACCCCAGCCAGUGUGAGGUAGGAUUGCUCCUUCUGCAUUGUGCCCUGGAACUGGACCCCGAGGUUUUUGCUUCACAUUUCAAGGAUCUCCUGCGCCUCUUCCAUCAGACGCUCAACAACCGCGGCCAGCCGGCCACCCUGUACUACUCUCUGCGGAGCCUGACCACCAUGGUGCCCGUGCUGGGUUCUGAUGAGAUGAGUCUGAUGUCUUCGAUGGUGCCCAAGGUGAUUGCAGCCAUCCGAGAACUGAUCUCUGUGAACGAGACCCACGCUAGCGAAGUGAUGGAGGUUUUCGACGAACUUACGGAGACUGAAGUUUCCAUCAUUGUACAGCAUCUCUCGGCAGUCGUUGGCUUCUGCCUGGAGGUGGCCUCCAAUCAGGCGUUGGGCGACAACCUCCGUGUGAAGGCUUUGUCCUGCAUCAGCUUCCUCAUCAAACUCAAGGGCAAGGCCAUCCUGAAGCACAAACUUCUCUCUCCCAUCCUGAACGCCCUCUUCCCGAUCAUGAGUGCAGAGCCACCCCCCGGCCAGAUGGACGCAGAGGACGAGCAGACGGAGGACGAUGUUGAGGACAGGGCCGAAGUCCAGACGCCCAAGCACUACGCGGCCCAGGUGAUAGAUAUGUUAGCACUGCACCUUCCCCCAGAGAAGCUGUUCCCUCAACUGACGCCUCUGAUGGAACCAGCGCUUUUGAGCGCCAAUCCCUACCAUCGCAAAGCUGGCCUCAUGUGUUUAGCGGUGUUGGCCGAAGGCUGCGGGGAUCACAUCCGGCAUAAGCACCUCCAGCCCAUGUUACAAGUGGUCUGCCGGGCACUGUCGGAUGAGAGCCAGGUGGUGCGCAAUGCGGCCCUCUUCGCCCUGGGCCAGUUCUCUGAGAACCUGCAGCCCGAUAUUGCCCGUUAUUCAGAUGACAUCAUGCCACUGCUUCUGCGCUACCUGGAAGGCAUCCAGCUGGCCCACACUAGCCACAUGGCCAAGGCCUACUAUGCGCUGGAGAACUUUGUGGAGAAUCUGGAAGGCAAGAUCUCGCCCUACCUCCCAGCCCUGAUGGAACGGAUGCUGUGCACCUUGAGUUCCCCCGGCAGCCCCCGCACCAAGGAGCUGGCCGUGAGCGCCAUUGGGGCCAUUGCUCAGGCUGCCCAGGGGUCCCUCUUGCCCUACUUCCAAGCCGUCAUGGACCACCUGACGGGAUACCUGCUCACCACCCGGGAAGACCUCAGACCGGCCCAGAUUCAGUCUGUAGAGACGGUGGCUGUCCUCGCCAGCGUCAUGGACAGGGACGUCUUCUUGCCACUGGCCGACAAGUGCUGCCAGUUCGGGCUGGAACUCUGCAACCAAGUGGACGAUCCGGACUUGCGGCGCUGCACGUACAGCCUCUUUGGUUCGCUGGCUGCUGUGUUAGAGGACUCCAUUGCUCCAUACCUGCCUCGCAUCACCACGCUGAUGAUCUAUUCUCUCAAAUCCACAGAAGGCAUUGAGCCUCACUGCGGCACCGGAAAUUCUUUCCUUUUGUUUGACGAUGAGGAAGAAGAGGAGGCCGAGGUGGAGGGAGAUGAGAGCCUGACCGAUGAGGAGGAGGAAGAUGACGACUCCGAGAUUACAGGGUUGAAUGUGGGAAGUGCCUUCAUGGAUGAAAAGGAAGAUGCAUGCGUGGCUUUGGGGGAGAUUGCCACAGGGGCCUGUGUGGCCUUCCUGCCUUUCCUAGAGACCUGCUUCCAGGAAGUCUUCAGGCUAUUAGAGUAUCCCUACAUUAAUGUCCGGAAAUCUGCUUUCAAUACUCUGGGGCAUUUCUGCAUCUCGUUGCAUAGCGUUUGUGAGCGUGAUCCGUCUGAACCUCACAGUGCUGCUCUCCAGAAGCUGCUGAGCAUGGUGCUGCCGGCUUAUAUGAAAGGCAUCCGGGAAGACAAGGAGCGCCAGGUGGUGAUGGAGAUUUUGGAGAGCCUGGCAAAGAUACUGAAGACCUGCCGACAGGAGGCCCUCCGUGAACCUGGGCAGCUGGCAGAGCUGUGCCGAGUGGUCCGGGAGGUUCUGGAGAAUAAAACAGCCUGUCAGGACUCCAACAUAGACGAUGAUGGCGAUGACGAUUGCGAUGAGGUGGCAGAAUAUGACGCCAUGCUGAUCGAGUAUGCUGGGGAGGUGAUUCCUGCCCUCGCCGAAGCGGCCGGAGGAGAAGCCUUUGCUCCAUAUUUCGCCGGCUUCCUGCCCUUGCUCAUCAACAAGAUGAAGCCCAGCUGUUCUGCCACAGACAAGUCCUUUGCAGUGGGCACCAUGGCAGAGGCCGUCCAGGGACUGGGCCAUGCAUCGAGUUCCUUCGUGCCGCGGAUGCUGCCGGUACUUAUGGGGGCGGCGCGUGACCCGAGCAAGGAGGUGCGCAGCAACGCCAUCUUCGGGCUGGGUGUCCUUGCAGAACACGGCGGGGAAGCCAUGUAUGAACACUACCCAAAGCUGCUGGGGCUUUUGUCCAGCAUCAUAUCUCAGGAGCGGAACAACCGGGUGGCCGAUAAUGUCUGUGGAGCUGUCGCCCGGAUGGUGAUGGCCAAUUCUGGAGGGGUCCCCAUCGGACAGGUAUUCCCCGUGCUGCUCCACGCUCUCCCUCUCAAGGAAGACUUGGAGGAAUACAAAACAGUAUUCCGUUGCAUCAGCUUCAUAUACGAACACGACCCCCAGCAGGUAUUGCAGCAGAUGGGGGAAGUUGUUCAAACCAGCAGCAAUGUCCUGGGCAAGGAGGAUGUGCCAUCAGAAGGCCGGAACACCCUGGUCACGCUCCUGCGAGAUCUCUCUGCCCGUUGCCCGUCCGAGUUCCAAAUGGCUGUGCGUUUGCUGCCUUCGGAAGCUGGGGCCUUGGUCAUUGCGGCGGUCAGUUCCACGUGAGGGGAGCAAGAGUGGGCUGCGCUCCCUUCUAACUCCACGGAGCCAAAGCGGACUUCACUGGCCAUGACCACCAGCCUCCACCAUGCACCCGCUCUUCUCUGUGGACUGAUAACCCCCUUCAGUUUUGCAGUGACCAGCCUCCCCCCCCCCCCCCGCCGACAUGGUGACACUUCCUGAGUGUUGUGUUUUUCAUUUUCCCGUUUCCAGUUCAGUCCUUCUGACUCAGUUUUUUGUACACCUUAAUGGUGGUUCAGAUGUCAGUCUCUGCCAUACAUCGUUUGGUGCUGAUUUGGGCAGGACAAGAGUUUUUAAAACGGUCCUUGGAGGAUUAAUCUCUUUUACAAAGAACCAGCAUGGGGAUGAAGUAUUCUCUCUCUCUGCCCACCCACAGCCUGUUUUCUUUUCAGGCCUUUUCCAACUUGAAGGAGACUCUCUAGCUAACGUCCUUUGUAGGUUAGCUUGCAGCAGCCGCUCAAUUCAGCUGGUGGGACGCAGACAUUUCCUUUUCUCUUCGUUACCACCAGUUCUCUGCCUUCUGCUUCCUCGUAAAGACCCUCCCAACCAACAUGCGGCAGUUGCUAAGGGGCAAUUGUCAUAGCCAAACAGCAGUGUGGAAAUCGGGACAGAUUUGGGCACAUGGCACCCCUGGGGUUGGCUUUCAUGUACACCCAGCUUAUGAGUUGUUGUUACUGUGGCAACUGCAAAUGGCUGGUGGGGGGGAGAGAAGAGUGGUGCAAUCGUGGGGGGGGGGGAAAGGGGAAGAACGCUAGGCCACAUGUGUUUUCCUUAAGAUGAACUUGAAGCUCAAAAUAUGCAUUUGGUGGAACUCAGAUUAUCAGUAGUGGGAUGUUUCAUGAGCGUAUAAAAUUAAAACUCUUUGGCCUUGAGAUCAAACAGAAAGUGGGUAUCGCAAUGAUUAAACACUGCACAUAUUCCUCUUUUUGCAAGAUAUACACGUUUCCUGUUUGUAGGAAGUGGUAGCAACUGCAACCGGGAUAAGCAUAAAACCACACUCCCUGCAAAAGCCAAGAAACAGCACUUCUGUUGCGCUUGACAAUUCGGCAGUACUGGCUUCAUUUGGAGGUACACUGACUCACAGUACCCCCCACGGUCACAAAACAGCUGACCGCUCUCCUUAGGCCGUUUUUGUCCUGUUGCCAAGACACAGCCUGUUUUGGUGGCAGUUCUUUGGUGGCCUUCUUUUGCCCUGUUGGGAGUUACUCCCAGUGCCCCCCCCCCCCCGCAUUCUGUUAAGGGAGGAGGGGUGUUAUAUUCUUUUGUUUGCCAAAGUUAAUGCUUCAUGAACAGCCAGUGAGGGGGUUAUUUUUUGCAAGCGUAGGUUUUCACCUGGCUUUCUGUGAUGAAAUAGCAACCCAUCAAACAGCUGUUUCCUCUAGUUUGUAUUUAAGAUUUCAACCUGCGUUUUGGUAUAUUUUUGAACAAAAACACUAUAUUAUAUAUGUUAUAAUAAAUAUGUGUUGCAGCUUA